AUGUUAUACAUUCUUUUUUCGACAGUUGGAUCCGAUAACGUAAAAAUGUCUAAAGCGAAGAGUGUCUGUGUGAUCGGUGCAGGUCCCAGUGGUAUGUCAGUAUUGUUUCACUUUAAUAAACUGAAAGAACAAGGCAAAGAGAUUCCUGAAAUUGUGUGCUUCGACAAGCAGUCGGACUGGGGAGGGCUCUGGAAAUACUCCUGGGAAACUGGUAAGUACAUAGUUUUUAGUGGCGCGUUGACACACUCUUUUGCAGAGCCUUUGUUUCUCUUCAUUUGAUCUUACUACUUCUUUCUGGUUAAAAGUUGCAUUUUCUUGGUGUAGAUGAGGUUUAGCCGCUUGGAGGAGGAACCAACAGUACAAUAAGUUCUUUUUGUUUUCUUCUUUAACAUGCAGCGUCAACAUUGCACCCAAGAUAGCGCCACUAGGAAUGUGGAAAAUAAACGUUGGACAAAAUGAGCGGAUCAGUGCUUCUAAAUUAAGGGAAGGCAGAGUACAAAACAUUUUUUUUUUUGCGAAAUCGAUUUGAAACUUUGGCUUGAUAGACCAUUUGGUUUGUAUGCAUACUAAGAACAAACGGUUAAGGCAAACAAUGAUUUGAGUUCAAGAAAAAAUGAAGACAAUUUAAUGAUUAAAUUCUUUUAAUUCUUUUCUUUAUUCAGGUAUCGAUCAGUUUGGUGAACCCGUCCAUGGAAGUAUGUACCGAGGCCUCUGGUCGAAUGGUCCGAAGGAAGCUUUAGAGUUUCCGGACUACACGUUCGAAGAUCAUUUCAAAAAGGCAAUUCCAUCCUUCCCACCCAGAGAGGUUCUCUUUGAUUACUUGAAAGGUAUGUAAUCUUUCCAUCUCAACAACUUACCCGCUGGUUAGCUCUGUUCCUGAUUACGAUCACUGUUUUUUUGGUUUUUCCUAAUUCCGGGACGAAAAGAAAAAUAACACAGGUCUACCUCUUAAGGGCAAAAUUAGCUGUGGACGAGCGAUGUAGAGGUUAUAAAAUAAACACACAACUAUUAGCACGUAACGUAACAUAUUUUCUCUUACUGAAUCUUCUAUCAGGUCGCUGGACUACAGCCGAUCUUCGACACUGGAUUCGUUUCAAUCAUGCCGUCCGCCAGGUGACCUACAAUAAUGACACUGACGACUUUUCAGUAGUUGUCAAAAGCCUUGUCGAGGACAAAGACCUUCCUGUUCAGAAGUUUGACUACCUUAUUGUGGCGACUGGUCACUUUUCUGUACCGAACGUUCCCUUUUUUCCAGGAAUAGAGGAGUUUCCUGGCCGCGUAAUGCACUCACACGACUUCCGAAAUGCCUAUCAGUUCCAAGGACAGACGCUUCUUGUGGUCGGCUCCAGCUCUUCCGCUGAGGAUUUCGCUUUGCAAAACCUCAAAUAUGGCGCCAAGAGGAUCAUUUGCUCCUACAAGACCAGGCCGAUGGGCUUCAAGUGGCCUACUGAGAUCACUGAGAGACCACUGCUAACAAAGAUCGACGGCAAAACUGUCCACUUCAAGGAUGGUAGCACUGCCGAUGUGGACGCCAUCAUUUUGUGCACCGGCUACUACUUCCACUUUCCGUUCCUUGAAGAGCGCCUUCGGCUGAAGGCCAGGAAUAUCUUGUACCCUACCGGGAUGUACAAGAAUGUGCUGUGGACCGAGGCUGGCAACAACAAGGUUUUCUACAUUGGAAUGCAGAACCAGUACUACAGUUACACCAUGUUCGACGCGCAAGCCAAGUGGACCGUGAAUUGCAUCAUGGGGGAGCUCAAACUCCCCGACAAGGAAGCUAUGAAGAGGGACAUUGAGAAAUGGAUCGCAAAGUAAUAAAUUAUAUAGCCAUUUGUAGUGGAAUAUUGAAUGAAUUAUCACGAAUUCCUGCGCGGGUCUCGCCCCUUCAGUCUACUUGACUGCUCUAGAAAAUUUGGCGUCGCCCUCAAAACUAAUCAGAUGGAAACUAAAACCAACCACUACUCGACCAAUUGGAAUCAAAGCUUAACCCAAAAUCAUUCAUUGGACACUUGCGUUUUCCCGCCAUUAUGCCGGAUUGCUUAUAUUCACUCUUAACUUUCAUUGGCUACUUGUUCCUUUGAUGUUACGACAUACACACUCAAUCGAAAUGCGCUAAAUGCGCUUUGCUGUCGAAAGGGAGAUCCGAACUUGUAGAUAUUAAGCAAUCCUAGCUUACGGUAUUAAAGUACUCCUCUCCUUUAGAUGGGAACUGUAAAUUUCAAAUUUCGGCAUUUCAUCAGAAGAAAAGUGACUACUGAACGGAUCAGUUACUGAACAUGUCACGACAUAUACUAAAAUAGAAGUUUUUUAUUUUUUCCUCUAUAAUUGCAGGAUGAACCAACUGAAGGACGGUCACGAUAAGAUAGAUUUCCAGACUGAAUACUUGGUCGACAUCGCCAAGGAUGCAAACUACGGAUAUGACUUGGACACCGCCCAACAGUUCCAUGACUGGGAACAUCACAAACAUGAGGACAUCCUCACUUACAGGGAUCGAAGCCACACCAGCAAGUUUACUGGAACCCAGUCCCCAAUUCACCACUCUACAUUCAUGAAAGCCCUUGAUGACUCGAUGGCGACUUUUCUGAACACCAAACCCUGA